UUUCACAGCGAUUUAUCGUUUUGUGAUUUAUAGACGUAUUCGCUAGACUCACACGUUUCUGGUACGUCAACCACUAAUUGAACUCAAUGGAGAUGCCAAGCAUAGAUAAGUUUGUAAUCACUGUAUCUGUACCAGUGCACAUAAUAUAACUGAUCAGCUUCUGUACACAUGCGAGAUGAGCUCUCCAAAGAAAACUACCGAACCUCAUGUUGUCAAAGAGGAGGUGCUUGCGAGUGGAAAAUGGGUAAAGCUGGAAAAGACCACAUAUGUGGAUCCCUCUGGAAGCACAAGGAUUUGGGAAACAGCAAAGAGAACAACCAGAGUAGCUGGCACUGCAGCAGAUGGUGUGGGAAUCAUAGCCCUUUUGAAGAGGACCCUUCACAAGGACUGUGUUGUCAUGGUGAAGCAGUUUAGACCACCGAUGGGAUGUUACACGCUGGAAUUUCCUGCAGGUCUGAUAGAUGAAAAUGAAAGUGCUGAAGCUGCUGCUUUGAGAGAACUAAAGGAAGAAACGGGUUAUAAAGGAGAAGUAGUGGGCAUCACUCCAGUCACAUGUUUAGACCCAGGCCUGUCUAACUGCACUACACAGAUUGUGAUAGUGCACAUUAAUGGAGAUGAUAUUGAAAAUAUAAACCCCACUCAGCAGCUGGGUAAGUAUAGUGCAUUACAUUUAGGCAUUUAGCAGACGCUUUUAUCCAAAGCGACUUACAAGUAUAGUGGUAGUUUUAUUGAUGUUACAUCACUGGACAUGUUGAAAUUCAUACAUUUUAAUCGUUUUUUCUCUGUUUUGUCACCAUUUCCAGGUGAUGGAGAAUUUGUGGAGGUUAUUCUUUUACCUCUAGAUGAAUUUCAACAAAAAAUUGAUGAAUUGCUGCAAAAAGAGAAAAUAGUGGUGGACACCAAGGUGUAUGUUUAUGCUAUGGGGAUGUCCCAGGCAUUCUUCAAGCCCAGAGAAUUGCCUGUGCUGAAACAGUGAGAUUGAGAGAACACAAAACUUUCCCCUGGAUCAAACUGUACACAACUGACAUCUUUUUCUGUUUUUAUGUUACAUACUAUUAUGAUCCCAGGGGAAAAUCAAAUCAAAACGAAACUUGACCAAGGUCUUCGUGUUCUACUAUGGAUACCUGACCAUUCCUAACAAACUAAGAGUACUUAACAGUUUAGUUGUUUUCAUUGUCAGUUUUUAGUCAUUAGCAAAUUAUUAAAUAUUGUGAAUCUAGACCUGAAGUGAACGAGUCAUUCUAAAUACCAUGAUGAAUGCUUAAGAUGCAUUGCCUACGUGAAUAACUGUAUUGAUUUUAUCUAAUAAAUUUGACGUUUGAUUUUGUGAA